AUCAUCGUUCCGAAAAGGCAUGAAACUUAGCUAUCGCAAUCAAUCAACAAUUGGACUUUAUUUCAACAAACUCGCGUCGACAGUUUACAGCACAGCACGACACACGGCAGAAACGCGGAACCGAAUAACACAUUUGAAAUCAGCGCACAUGACAUGCCUAAUCAGCAAUCUCAAAAUACCGUUUGUCGAUAAGUCGAUGGAAACCGGAUUAUCGAUUAUCGAUCAAAUGAUUGAGCCUUUCUUUGCCGAAUGCUUCGAGAUGGCGACACUGUUCGUUCCGGCGCGCUGGAAUCGAGGCUAGAAUUUCGAACGCGAUGGAAAUUAAUUAUUUAAAUGACCGUCAUGUUUAUUUCUGCGAGUAAAAAACCGUAAGAGCAUCUUUUUCCAUAAUGAUGAUUUUUUAGAACGUACACUAUGAAUACCAUCAAACCGGUUACAAGCUAGGUAAUUCGUAAAAUUCGAAGACAGCUUAUUUGGAAUAUUUUUCUUAUACGGCCAUCUUUUUUUUAUUUUUAUUUCCAUAUCACGUUAUCGCAUUUAUCCUACUCGUCCAUAAAACGUUGUUUAAAAAGUAUCCCCAACAUCCAUGUGUUAUCUUAUUGAUAGUACUCAUCGCUAUUUCAUAUAAUCCCUUUAUUCCUCUCGUAAUGCCAUUUACGACCAGUCUCUCUUUCCUCGUGGUUCUUGACAGAUCUGGGUUUGCUAGUUAUUUGUCUGUAAGUACUGCAUUUUAUUUAACGAAGGUGAGUAAAGACAAUCUCUUGUUAUACAUCGUAUACAAAAAAAGCAUGCAUUUGGCACACUUUUCGAUCAUAUAAUUGCUACUAGUUGCUACUUGUGAAGAUAUAGCUAUAAAGAGAGAGUGUCAAAGUUAAUCGAUUCUUAUUUGAUUAAGAAAAUAACACUCCUAUGAAUAAAUUCUUAUGGUAAUUGUUAACCUUGCUAUCGAUCUUAUUAGUAUAACAGCUGUAAUAUCGCAGAGUAUGAUUUAUGUGACGUUUGUAAAUUCCUCAAGAAUGAAUCGUUAUCGCCAAUACUCCUGUGCAAAGCAACGUGAAAAUUUUUAAUUAAAUCAUAAAUGUCACGAGCAACUUUAGCAAUUUAUCCGAGUCAUCUUUUUCGUUCAGGUCUUUUAAUGCUCGUGAAAUGUUUUAUUAAUUGAUCAUAUCGAUGCGAUGCACGAAUUUCGAAGAUUUCCGUUGGCGAAAUUUAUUCACUUAUAUGUACUUAUUUUAUUUAAACAUAAAAGAACGAGUUCUCGUAGAACGGUCAUAAUUGUUCUUUUCAGCUGCACUGCUGAACUGGUGCAAUUAAUAAGUUAUAGAGUGAGAAAAAAUAUACUUGUCUCACUUUAACGUAUUGCACUAGUUCAGCAGUGCAGCUGAAAAGAACAGACUUUAUAUUCAUGUCAUUUGCCGAUCUAUUUUAUAACUGUUUUACUAAUGCAAUGUACGAAUUAAACUUUCGAAAAUAGUGGAUCAGCGGAAAGGUUCCAGCAAGGAUGGGACGAGGGUUCCGGAUGGGAAAAAAGGUAAAAAUGAAAAGAAGAAAUUAAUCAAAAUAAAGAAGAAUUUUGAAAUCGUAUAUGCUGCGUUCGCUCUAUCUAUCAUAUAUUUUCUAUAUUGAAUGAGUAAUUAAGAUAGCCUGAUGCUGAUUAGCGUAAUUUCAUCGAUUCUCAUCGUCGAAUUAUUCCGUAGCGCUCGAUAAAUUAAUGUUUCAGUCUGUGGAUGUUCGCUGUUAUCGGACGACGCAUUUCUGGAAUCGCGUUAUGAGCAGUAAAUUAUUUCGAACAUCCACAAUUGGUUGCACAUUGUUUCAGACAUCAUACACGGUUUCGGACGGCGUUAUAAAUCAUGCUUUCGUCGUGGGCGAUGAAACAAUAAAUCAAAAUGGCGUCGACAUUAGUGAAGCUACCCAUGAAAGUAAUGCGCGACAACAAUGGGGAAACGACAGGGAAUUUUUGCUAUCCUGCAUCGCCAUGUCGGUAGGUCUUGGUAAUGUGUGGCGAUUCCCAUUCACGGCAUACGAGAACGGCGGAGGAGCUUUUCUGAUACCAUAUAUCUUCAUCCUGCUCAUCGUAGGCAAACCGAUUUAUCUGCUGGAGAUGAUCUUGGGCCAAUUCUCAAGUCGCUCCGCCAUAAAAAUUUGGGAUCUCUCACCGGCAUUCAGAGGCAUUGGCAUCGCACAAUUCAUAAUUAUGCUGGCAUUGGCGUCUUAUUACUGUUCUCUGAUGGCAUUGACGCUGUUCUAUCUCGUAGCCAGCUUUCAUAGCGAAUUACCAUGGGGUAGGUGUCGACCAGAAUGGGGUGACCAUUGUGUGGACUCUUUACCCGGAAACAAUAACGACAAGAUGAACAUCAGCUAUGUCAUGAGGAACAUCAGCUACUCCAGUUCUGCCGAACUAUACUUUUACAAAGAAGUUCUGCACGAAAAGGAUAACAUUGACGACGGUAUCGGCAUGCCGGACUGGCGUUUGACAAUUGCGCUACUUGUCAGUUGGCUGACGGUCUUCCUGGUGGUGAUACGCGGUGUAAAGAGCUCCGGCAAGGCAGCAUACUUCCUGGCGAUAUUUCCCUACGUCGUUCUCAUCGUGUUGCUUGUGCGAGCAGUAACACUGAACGGUUCCGUCAAUGGUAUCCUAUACUUCAUCACUCCGACGUGGCAACAGUUGCUGACGCCGAUGAUCUGGUACCACGCUGUCGCGCAGUGUUUCUUCUCGUUGACCGUCUGCUUUGGCGCCGUCGUCAUGUUCGCCUCGCACAACAAGUUCCAUCAUAAUGUGUAUCGAGACGCGACGAUUGUGACGACCCUGGACACCUUUACCAGCCUACUGGCGGGUUGCACGAUCUUCGCCAUUCUUGGCAAUCUCAGCCAUGAAUUGGCGAUCGAGGACAUCGGCGCGGUAGUUCGAGGCGGCACCGGACUGGCAUUCAUCUCUUAUCCGGAGAUGAUUGCCAAGUUCACCGUCGCGCCGCAGUUCUUUGGUGUCGUAUUCUUCGCGAUGUUAUUUGUCCUUGGGAUCGGCAGCGCGGUAGGCCUUGCUUCAGCCGCAAUCUGUAUCAUUCGAGAUCAAUUCCCGCAAAUCAGAUAUUGGCACGUGGCGGCCGGCACCUGCUUCUGCGAGUUCUUGAUUGGCCUCAUUUACGUAACGCCGGGAGGCCAAUUCAUGGUAACCUUCGUCGAUUAUUACGUGACCUCAUUCAUCGCUUUUCUACCGGCCACUUUUGAGCUGAUUGCCGUUGCCUGGUCGUACGGAUUGGGCAACUUCUUAAAUGACAUCGAAUUUAUGCUAAAGAGACGACUAUCGAUAUUCUGGCGACUCUGCUGGAGCAUUGUUACUCCUGGAAUUAUUCUUAUAAUCUUCUUAUAUACAAUUGCCGAUCUUAAACCGUUAAAGUACCACGAUACUUUUUAUCCUGAUUCAGCUUACGCCAUAGGUUGGGUCAUAUUUGCCGUCGCUGUCUUGCAGAUACCUUUAUGGAUUCUUUUCGCGAUAUUCAAGAAAAAGCAUCUUCCUUUUCGUGAAAUGAUCAAGCAAGCCUUUCAGCCAUCGAAAUCUUGGGGCCCAAGCGAUAUAGAAGAUCGGGCAAAAUGGCUAGCGUUUAGAGAUCAAUGCGACGCGAAAGAGAAAAACAAUAACAGGAGCGCGAAUCGUGGAUGGUUUCAAGGUUUGUUCCGCGUGAUUUUUCAGAGAUGACUGUCCACUGUUUCAAUGACGAAUUACGAAAUAACACGUAGUAAAGAUACGAGGGUUUAUCAUUUUACGAUGUAACAAAAUUCCGUGUCAGUUCAACAGAAAACACCAAGCGUUCGCAUUCCUCAUGUUUCAUGUCAAUUGUAAUCCAGUCAUCCUUGCUACGUAAUCAUAGAUUUACCUGUUCCGCUUCAAAGUACCGCUCCGCGGAAAAUGGAACAUCGUGUGUGAAUCUGACGACGUUGCCUAACGAUUGCGACGGACUAUUAUACACAGUACACAAUGCGACAAUCAGCGAUGAUAAAGCAUUGAGUACCGUCAUUGUUUAUCAAAAGCGAAAAGUAAUUCCGAACAAUAGGAUAAAAAAAAAAUUAUUGAUACAAUCGUAAGUUUGUAUUUUUCUCUUUUAAAGUGACGUUAUCGGAAAAUUGCUCCAACUAAAAGUGCAAAAUCACAAAACAAGCAGAAAAAUGCGACUUCGGCAAAUAUGUUGUUAUCAAUGAUAAAUGAAAGUAUUUAUAUUGCAAGUUAAACUAAUCGAAUUUGUAGGAAUUUAAGUUUCGAGAAAUAUUACAAACGCAUUUGGAUAUAUCAAGGAGCAAAUGCAUUAAUAGUACACCUUGUCCUCGAUUCUUCUUCUCCCCUCUCUUUAAUUCUCUCGUCAAUGGUACGAAUUACUGAUCUCCUUUUCCUUAAGAAGCAUGUGCGUCACAAUAACACACGUGAUUAUUAAAAAUGUUUAGAAAGUA